GGAUCAUUUGGUGGGUUUAUUGUCCAUCAAAUUGGUGCUCUUGUUGAGAGUUCGAGAAUCAUACUCAGAAGAAAUCCUCCACGACGACGAUGGUGCAAACACGUAGCAACGCCAACGUAGGUACCGGAGUUCCCCAACAGGGGGAGAACAGCGCCACCGGAGGCCGGCACCGCCCCAUCACCACCGGGGAGGCUGAGGCCCUCAUUCAGAGGGUUGGGAUCACGGCCGAACAAUUCAAGGAGGUGCUGGCCGCACUUGCGCCCAACCGCGAGGUUGUGGUAGGAGAUGUGGCUGGGGGACCCAUAGGCGAGAAGGCUGGACCUGCGGGCUCCCAAGGGAAAAAGAAGAAAGUGAGGCGGUCCCAGAAGAAGAAGGCGACCAAGCCUAAUGGGAAGGCUAUAAUGGCAGAUGCGCUUUCCAGGCUGGAAGAAGAGGACGAGUCGUCCUCCUUCGAGCGGAUGUCUGCUUUUGACCGUUUGGGAGAUGCCAAGUCGAAGAAACCUCGGACCUCUGCGUUCGAAAGGCUGCAAAACACUCGGUCGGCCCGAAAAGGCGACUUGAGAGACGCGCUCAAGGAGAAGAGAGGGGAGUCCACAGCGACCUCCAAGGUCGGGUCUGAGGAGCGACGGAUGGCAGUCGGGGAUAAGGGCGCAGCCGAGCUGUGGAAAAUGUACGAACAACUGGAGAAGCGGCUGGAUGCCCAGAACCCCUAUCGCCAGGCGGUCUUCAGUGAGGGGGAACAGCUCCGGGAGUUCAUCAAUAGGUGGGAGAAGGAGGCUAGGGAUGUCCAAGGGGCGGAUGACCAAGCCCUGAUCGCCAUGCUCCAAGCUACACUCCCCCAAGGGGAUGUGCGUAAGGAGCUGCGACGGAAUCCUUUCUCGACCUAUCAAGAGAUGUUGGCCAGGGCGAAGUACCUGGCGCUGGAAGAGGAAGAUGAUGAGCCACCAGUCCGGAAGGAGAAGAAAAGCGGGCCACCGGUGGCAGAAGGAAAGAAAAGGAAGGAUUAUGGUAAGGGGCCGAACCCCACCGGGUAUCAUGCGAGCAGGCAUCCCGUCCACGCGGUACAGUCGUUGCUGGCCCCUCCUCAUGGUCGGGAAAGCUAUGGUGUGCAAGAUGCACCCAAAUACUGCGAGUACCACCGUAACAGCACCCAUAACACGUCGGAGUGCGUUACGCUGAAGAAGGAGAUGGAUCAGCUGAUCGCUAGACGGCCACCUCCUCGGUCGGAGCGACCGUCCACAAGUAACCGGACCUGGAGGAGACCGCCAGCCCCCACGGCAGCGAUCACAGCAGGAGAGGGGCAAGAAGAUGGACGGCGGCACCUAGGGCGAGAUUGUGAUGACCUAGAUGAGGAGGAGAGGCAAGGUCGUCGACACCUGGGGUGUCGGUUCAUCAUGGGAGGAAACACUGGAGGAGAUUCGGUAUCCUCCCGGAAGAAGUGGAAAAACAUGGUGUACCUGGCCGAG